CAAGGGCCUCAGACUCUAGAGACUCUAGAGGUAAAUUAUUAUUCCCGUUCUGCCCCUGAAAUGGUGGAAGCCCAGACAUGGGCGACGCGUCGUAUGAGCAACCCCCGCCUCCUCGACGCCUCCUCCACCCCCGCCGCCGCCGACCUCGCCGUGGACAUCCCCGCCACUCCCCCCGGCGACGUCCGCAACGGCACUAGCUACAGCACCUCCUCCCUCCUCUCGCCGGCGCUGUCGACGGCGGCGAUCAUCGCCUCCUGGUACCUCUCCAACAUCGGCGUCCUCCUCCUCAACAAGUACCUCCUCAGCUACCACGGCUACCGCUACCCUAUCUUCCUCACCAUGCUCCACAUGCUCUCCUGCGCCGCCUACAGCUACGUCGCCAUCCACUUUCUCGAGCUCGUGCCACGUCAGCACAUCGUCUCCCGCCGCCAGUUCUUCAAGAUCCUCGCCCUCUCCGCCAUCUUCUGCUUCUCCGUCGUCUGCGGCAACACCUCCCUCCGCUACCUCCCCGUGUCCUUCAACCAGGCCAUCGGCGCCACCACCCCCUUCUUCACCGCCAUCUUCGCCUGCCUCAUCACCUGUAAGAAAGAGUCCGCCGAGGUCUACGCCGCCCUCCUCCCCGUGGUUUUCGGCAUCGUUCUCGCCAGCAACAGCGAGCCGCUAUUCCACCUCUUCGGCUUCCUCGUCUGCGUGGGCUCCACCGCCGGCCGGGCGUUGAAGUCCGUCGUGCAGGGGAUUCUGCUGACCAACGACUCGGAGAAGCUCCACUCCAUGAACCUCCUGCUCUACAUGGCGCCGAUGGCGGCCUGCAUUCUGCUGCCGUUCACUCUCUACAUCGAGGGCAACGUGGCGGCGAUCACGGUGGAGAAGGCCAAAGUAGACCCCUACAUUGUGUUCUUGUUAUCAGGGAACGCCACCGUGGCGUACUUGGUGAAUUUGACCAACUUCCUGGUGACCAAGCACACGAGCGCGCUGACGCUUCAGGUGCUGGGGAAUGCCAAGGCGGCCGUGGCGGCAGUAGUGUCGGUUUUGAUUUUCCGGAACCCGGUGACCCUGAUGGGGAUGACGGGGUUUGCGGUGACCAUUAUGGGGGUGGUGCUUUACAGUGAGGCGAAGAAGAGGUCGAAAGUUACCACACAUUGAUACAGGAAAGAAAUAAGGAUUUUUCACACACAUUCAUUUGACUCGACCAUCAACAAUUCGGGUACGAAUUUGUUUUUUUCUUCUUUUUUUUUAAUUUCCAAAUUGUUGUUCGUUCCGAGAUUAAUUUGAUUUAAGGGAUCAAAACUCAAAAGGAAGAGAAAUUGGAUCACAAAGUAAGAUGGGAAUGGGGUGUAUAGGAUAUGGUGGAGAAAGAGAAAGAAAAGAUAUGCUCUUUGUCUGCUUUUUUUCUUUCUUUUCUUUAAUUGUUUGUUGAUAGGGUAUAGCAGAGAAUAUGUAAGUUUUCUCUUUCACUUUACCCUGUGUGUAACGUUAUGAAAUAUCCCGCAAUUAAACACAUACAACUCUGAUAUCAAUUUUAGUUCAUUGGGGAGGAAAAAUUUCUCUUCCAA